AUGGCGUCCAAAGGGAACUCGGUGUUUUCACGAAUCAUUCGCCGUGAACUUCCCGCUACGUUUCUUCAUGAGGAUGAUCAGGUAAACCAAGAACGAUGUGUAACUCGAACUCUAAUUCUACACCGACUACACUCGCACCUAUAGUUGAACACCUGCAAAUUCAACAAAUUCAGCCUGCAGUCACUGCAGUUGCCUGAAGGCUGGUGAGAAUAAUGUAAUCUUGUAUUCUCCCCUUUCUCUAUGGCUAUGGGCACUCGUUCAUAUUCAAACUCCCAGUGACGUGUUGGUGGGUGGGGGAUGGGAUAGGGUGGGUGUUAAAAUUUGAAAUGAGCGGUUUACAUUUGUGGUACCCACACUUUUUUCAAAAAGAUAUCUCUUGAUGCAAGUUUAAAAAAUUGCUUAAUUCUGUAUGUAAAACAAAAUGAAUACUGGGUCAUUAAAUGAGGUCUUUGUCUUAAAAACGGUAGCAAAAUGAACCUAUUUUGCCUACACUACCCAGAUAGACACCUACACAAGAAUAAAUACAGGGGCCUGUAGGUCAGCAAAAACCUCAAAGCAAGUUUGUUACAAAAUUACCAUUAGAUUACAAGACCACACUUAAUUACAAAACACCCUCUGGUAAAAAACAAACCUUGAAAGAAGCUAAGUACAACACUGCCAGAUACGAAAACCCAAAACCACUUUGUGGAAAAAAGGGAACGUACAUCGCUGCCUGCUGAAAUCAGCUGCGGUGCCGACAACUCAGGGGCAGAGGUAUGCAAAAACUACCUUAUUGGAACUGAAUUUCGUGGGUAGUUAAUUUCACAAUUUUGACAAGAGAGUAUUUUGCAGAAUUUUAUUUUCAAGAUUUUAACAGGCAAAUGUGAUAAAAGGACAAUAAAAUUCACGAUUUAACCAUUCUCAACUUCAUUUUAUUUUUUCAAAAGUCUGAACCUUUAAAAACUUUUCGAUAAACUACAACAAAAUAAUAAUGUGUGAAAUCUUUGAAAACUAAAGUUAUUUCAAAAGUGAAGAUACAAAAAGGAGCUUACCAGUAAAACCAGUCAGCAAUUUGUGUUUGUCCAUACAUAUCCUUCAUAUGUCAAUUGUGGCCACUACAAGUUAAUUCUUCAGGGUUGUCACUAAGAUUUCAAGUUUCAAGUUACGGGGUAUUUGUAGUUAGUAGCCGGAGAAGUCGCAAGCAGUCAUGGAGACCCCCCCCCCCUCCCCCAAGAAGUUUUUGAAGUGCAACUUCUACCGUUUUCCAAAAGGCAUUCCCGCUCCAAAAAAGCAAUCUUCAUCAAGAGUACAGCUAUCAUCAGCGGUUUUAUGAUGAUCAUGUCUUUAUUAAAGAAAACUACAACAUUCUGAGACACUAAAAUAAUAACUUUUUACUUUACGUAAAGGCUCGUUAGAGGGCUUUUUAGUGGCCGCCAAAUGGGAAUAUACAUGUAAGCACCGGGUCUGAAAACAUGACAAGUAGGCACCAGUCAUGUUAUCCACACAGUCUUGUCUUCAUGCAGACAAGGCGCAUGCUGGCUAGUGCAGUGUUAAAUCACAACGAUACUUUACAAAUGUUAAAAAUGUGGAAGGGACAAUUAAUUCUUAUAUGGUGCCAAUGAAUUAACAUGCGCUGCAAAAUUAAUUGUAAAUCCUCAUUUAAUUUAUACGUAAGAACGAAACAACUUACGUAGGGAAAACAAAAGUAAAACUAAUAUUACAAAUCACGGAGAAGCGUAAGGACGUCAAGCGAACGAUGAAUGUACGAGAAAGCAUCAUAAACACGAGGUUACUAUGGUUUGUUGAAAAAUAAAAGUAUGAUAAGGCUAAAACAAUCCUAACGUAUGAAAAAUCGCGGGAUAAAAUAUUGCAAAACUAAACUGCAUAACUGGUAACAUUAGUGGUCUUGAAUUUAGGAACGAAACAUCACUUAACAUACGAAGAAACUGACCUACGGAAAAGCGUUUAAAAGACAGGGCUAAUACUUUAUAAACGACGCUGAGAUGUCAAAACAAGACUGAAGGAGAAGAAUGCAAAAGUAAUGCUAAUGCUUAACUUCACUUUUAUAUAUAACUUCUUGGAAGUAGAACUGAGAGGAUGUGAUCUUGACCUGCGGACAAUGAUCGAACAUUUCCCGUUGACCGUGCGUUAUUUUAUAUACUCGAUACCUAAAGUUAAAUGUAGACCUGGUCACUUAACGUCAAUUUACUAAACAUUGAAAUCGGUCAUAGUCUUCAUCUUCAAAGCCUUCAUCAUAAUUCUCAUUAUCAUCAACAUCAGCAUCAGGGAGAUUUAACGUUCGGAUGAAGCCUUAACUUCUUCUGUGAUGUCAACAGAGAUCUGCUCAGGUCUUUCAUCGUGAACAAAGAGUGCAGAUUCCUUUGCCACUUCUUCGACAUGUUCAACACAAAGCCUACACAACAGUUGAUGACAAAGGUGACGGCAGCGAAAACGCCACUUUUAAAAUGAAUUGGCGUUUUUUCCAACUUUGUCGUGUUUAUUUCAAUUCGCUGAAAAUAGCUAAUGUAGGCCAAUUUCCCCGGAGUUGAUGUCUUUGGGACCACACUCAAGUUUAGAAAGAGAAAGAAAAGUUUGUUGUCACUUGUUUGCGUCCUCCAUAAAAUGUGAAACUAGGCAUUUUCACGUUGUAGUCGUGCAGUAACAGCAAAGAAAUGUACAAAAAAGCAUGAUGCACGUGCAAACUAGUUGUUUUGCUCAAUAAACCUAUUGCUUUUUUGACGUUCUCGUUCCCGUCACCGUCGUGGUUGCUAAAACUCCCUACUGACAUUUCGCAAACGGAGAGUUUUCGCGCGUGUGUACUAGUACCAAAUCUAAGUCAGAUGUCUUUUUCCGACAUUUCUUAGUUUUUGAACGCGAGUAUUUCAAAAUUACUUAAAACUGCUGCAGAUGAAACUUGCAUUUAGUUUGAUGGAUAGUCUUUGUGUGUUUGAAAGGUGUGCUCUUUUGGUUUAAUUAAACGACGAAAGUAGCAGGGGGAAAUCCCCGGCCCCCGGCCCUUAGUGACAACCCUGAUUCUUUUUUUGAAUUUUCUAUGUGGGUAUAAAAUUUCUCGUGCUUAAAAAUCAUGAGGAUUUAUUUUCGUGAUUUUUUCUACAAUCUUGAAAGACACGAAAUUGAUUACCAAUAAGGUAGCUUCCAAAUGCCUAUAAACAAAAUUAUAUAACAAAAUUGGAAAAUAAAAAAGUUAGGAGCUCAAAUGAAUGCUGACCUAGACUGAUCCAAAUUUGCAAAUAUGUACAACUAAACAUGUCUGAAAAAACUACCCACAAUUUCUCCUAGCCAAGCCAUUCCUCUGGUCCGUGCCAGCAAAAUAGCUAUUAGUGCACCCACCAUGACCUCAACACAUGUAAAAAGGCCAAAAUCUGGAAUUACGUAUUUCUGAUUGGUCCACACAGAAAACAUCUAGCACAGUUCUGUUCUGAUUGGCUUAAAGGUUUUAUGUUUUACAGGAUUUUGACACUUGCAAUUAAAUAGUGUUUGAAUAAGAUGUAUCUGAUUCAUUUAGAUAACAUAUUCCCCCAGGUUUAAAGGUGAUGUUACAUGCCUGGAUACAUAGACUGAUCUGCAAUGGCGAUUUUUAGCACAACAAAGCAUUGCAAUGUUAAAACAGUGUUGUAACCAUUUGAAACAAUGUUGCAACACUGUUUGUGCUCAAAAUUAUUGUCUUCUCGAAUUGUCCUGUGUAACAUCACCUUAAGUUUGUAGUUUCAUUUUUGUGGCUAAUAAUACAGUCAAACCACCCAUAAGUGACCACUCAAAAUGUGAAGAGUUGGUGUUCACUUAUCAGAGAUGGUUGCUUAUGAGAGUCAAACUGCAGGAGGUCUUUUAUGAGGAGAAAUCUGGAAACAUCAGAUCUAGGUUUUGGAGAGAAUUUCUUGGAAACAUUUUUAGAUAACAAUAAUAUUAUAUGUAAAUCCAUGUUGUUUCUAAAGGUUUGUCUACUAUCCUUAGUAACAAAGUAGAUGUUGGGAACAAAAAACAGAACUACAUUACAUCAGGUGGUCGCUGCUCAAGAAGAGGUUUAAAAACAAUGGAAAAUCUUAAAACCCUCAUGCUAAACAAUGGUUGUCGUCGCUCAUUGUUAUUCGGACUUUAACUGAGGAAUUGACUGAGACAACUUGAAUGAAACGAAGCCAUUCUUUCUCUCCUUUAAUCACACAAGGACUCCUGGGAAGACUCCAAAAACUACUUCAUGUAGCAUCUCUCCUUUUGCAGUAAAAAACGAUUUUACUAAAAUCAGCGACUUGAAUUCAGAAAUUAUCUGGCCUAGAACGCGUACUUAAAUGUCUUUCUGCUAUAUGUUGACUUGAUCCUAGGAAGUAAAGCAAAAACUCAGGUUCAAAGAACUAAAGUUAAUGUCAAAGUUCAGUUCAUAAAUCGUCUAUUAAACGUAGUCUGCAAAUCUUGAUGGGCGAACACGGACUCUGCCACUUCUUGUAACAAGAGUCUGAGGUUGCUGCGAUUUCCUUUCUUCUUUCCUUUCUUCUUUCGAUGUAAGUUCAGGGUGGACAUCUGCUGGUUUUGGCAAAGGUGAGCUCUGCUUGGUGGAGCUGCUAUCGGUGAUGAUGGGCUGCUGAUGUCCUUGACCAGGAUCUUGGUGGAUGAACUUCCGAUUACAUCUGUAUAGGUUUCCGUUACCUGUUUCGAUCAGGUACGAACGUGGGCCAACUUUUGCCACACACGAGCCUUUGUCCCGUGGAGCUUUGGGGUUUACUGGCUGAAGACGUACUGGUUCUCCAAUUUGAAGCUCUGGCAAUGGUCUUGCGCUCUUGCCGUAAGCUGCUUUGGUCUGCUGCCUCUUACGUUUAAUGUUGUCAUGUACACCUUCUGACGUGAACAACUGUCCCACAUAAGUUACUUGGUCUAACUUCAACCUCAACUUGUUCUUGUUAAAUUUUAGAUUAACACUGCGUGCAUGCUUUAGCAAGUUCACUAAAUUGCGAUCGUGAUCUGUUAAAGCUUCUUCCAUAGAUUCUCUGCUGCCAUAACAUUAGAUGUCAUCUGCAAUUACUUCUACUCCAUUAAGGCCUGCGAGCGCUUCAUUCUGGCGCCGUUGAUACUCUUUUGGGGCACUGCUGAUUCCUUGUGGCAUGCAAAGCUAGUGACAUCUCCCAAAAGGAGUCCAGAACGUUGUAAGGAGUGAACUUUCAUUGUCAAGCUUAACUUGAUGGAACCCAUCUUUGGCAUCUAAUACUGUAAAUACUUUUGCCUUUGACAGCUUUGGUAGCACCUGGUCCACUGUCAGCAUCUGAUACUUUGGCCUCUUUAUGGCUCUAUUCACAUCACGUUGAUCAAUGCACACCCUCAGUUUCCCGGGCUUCUGCACAGCUACAAGACUACUGAUCCAUUCUGUUGGCUUAGUUUCCUUGACAAUGAUGCCUUGCUUCCCACUUAAUUCUGACACCAUGUUAUUCGGACUUUAACUGAGGAAUUGACUGAGACAACUUGAAUGAAACGAAGCCAUGCUUUCUCUCCUUUAAUCACACAAGGACUCCUAGGAAGACUCCAAAAACUACCUCAUGUAACACUCAUGGAGGCAGUCAUUUACAAGAGUUUCCAACCAUAAGGCUUUGACUGGGAAAAGUGUGGUGGUUUAGAUAUUAAAAGUUGAGGUCACCUAAGGAAGGUGUCGUUUAUGAGACAUGGUGGCACAUGGAGGUUCAACUGUUAUAUUGAAAUAAAACUCUAGAUGAUAUUACCUUAUCACAGAAAUAAUCUUGUGUUAGUUUUUUAAAGAAAUGAAUGUUUUGAGGUUAAUUUAUUUAAAUGGAGGGUGGCAAGUGGCCUGUGGAAAAAAAAUUAGCAGGCGUUCUUUUUCUCCCUCUCUUCUGAAAGAAAGAGCCUUGUCGCAGGUUAACAUAGGUAUUAAAUAUCAUAUUCUCCUUCAUGCCUUUCCCCCAACUCCACCACUUAACCCCUUUUACAGAGAAAUUUAAUAUAAUUGCCCUCAUACAUCCAUUAUCAACCAUAGAGUUGGAUAAACUAUAAACAGAAAUAGCAAUGAGUGAGUAGGUACUUUUGAUUACAGUCGAUUUGAUUACUUUAUUUUCAGUGCAUAGCCAUUGAGGACAUUAAUCCACAAGCCCCAGUUCAUUUCCUGGUUAUACCAAAGAAAGAAAUAAGAAAGAUAACUGAUGCUACAGAUGAGGAUGAACAAGUAUGUUAACCACUUUGUUUUUUUAUAGUACAUUUACCCCUUGAUUUUUAUAUGACUGCUGUGUUUAAAAAUUAAGGUAUUGCUGUCAUUGCAAGUUAAAUUUACUGGAUGGGUCAAUUAUUUAAUACCCUCAGAGAGCUGUUAUCAGUACCAGGAGUUUGGGUGGGUGUUUGCCAUGGGCACCCUGAAUCCCUUAGCCCAUUACUAUAGGGUCAAACCUUUAAAAAGUUGACACUCAUGAGAUCAGAGUAACGGCAUUUGGGUUCCCUGUGAGGGUAUCUUGGAUGGUAUAUCACACCAUUGCAGCGUGCAAAGAAAGUCGUGUCCGAUAGCCCGGGGCUAGUGGAUUUUGCUAUUGAGCUAGUGACUUUUGUUCUUAACUUGUCCAACGGGCAAGUGAUGUUUUGGGGGGAAAUUCAAAUUACAGAAGGAUUGUAAUCAAUCCUGCUAAUCAAAAAGGGUUUUGGGGACUAGUUGAAAUGACUUGUGGGCUAGUACAUGCUGGCUACAGCUUGUCCGAAUGACAGGCUGUAAAACUGACUGUCUUUGCACCCUGCCAUUGACUACAAACCUACCCCUAUCCCGCCUCCUUUAUGUUUCAUCCCAGGGGGGUACUUCUCAGUAGUAGGCUGAUGGUUAUGAGCCACUGGAUGGGGUCGCAUUUUCACGACAGGAUUGACUAUUAUGGAGUUGCAUUUAAAGGAAUUUAAAGGAAAAAUGGAAUAGCAGAUCAGGCUAGAAAUGGGGAGUUCUGGAUCCUAUUAACCUGUCCUCUCACUUUCAACUCCUUUUUCACCCAGUCACGUUGAGAGAGAAAUUCUUAUAAUGAAAAUGUAUCAGAGCUGUCAUAAAUUUUUAGAGCAGCCAUAGCAAGUAAAGAUUCACCCAUAACAUCUUCCCAGAACUUUGUAGUGUCACCUAAAAUUGUAGCUUCCACUUUGAUCAACCAUAAAAUGAAGUGAGCUCAGCUGUAAAAGGUGUUGUGGGUUAUGGCCCUUAAUGACAGCUUUGUGAAUGACUAUGUUUUUUUUUUCAGCUUCUUGGUCACUGUAUGAUUGUCGCAAAGAAAGUAGCAGCCCAGAAGGGUAUUGACCAGGAAGGCUAUCGUGUGGUAAUCAAUAAUGGUCAACAUGGCUGUCAGUCUGUCUAUCACAUCCUUUUACACGUUUUAGGAGGGCGAAAGCUUAAGUUCCCUCCAGGAUGACUGG